GAACAACAAGAAGCUCAGCCACCGACGCACCUCUCUUUGAGAAACCGUUAAGAAGCUUGGAUAUUUCUCCUUCUUUUCUUGUUCUAGGAUUGAAAUUGAACCCAGAAUUCUCCCCCCCUCUGCAGAAUUUUUGGAUCUGCUCUGUCCUUCCGUCGGCUGCUCCUACUUUGUGGGGGCGAAUUGCUCGGGUUUCUAGUAAGAAGCAGCCUGAAAUUCCUCUGUUCUCACUUGAUUUGGCUUGAGUUCACUCUAAGCUCUUUUAAUUUCCUUCAAUUUUGGGUUAAUUCCGUGAGUCCCCUGCAGAAUUGCCGCCGGCUCUUCCCCAAUUUGCAGCUUCGGUUUUGCUGGGAAAAUUCUGGUUCUUGAGUGUUCUGUCACCCGAGCACUUGGUUUGAGUUUCCUGUAUUACGGAUUUGAGGUAAGUAAAUUAUGGUAACGCCUUUCAAUCUUAAAGCAUAUUUUAAAUUGUUUUUGAGAUGGUGGCAAGGUUUAAAUUGAUUUUAAAUUGAUUUUAUUAGCACCGAGCAUGAUUGAUUUGAAAUGGAAUUAUUUUCGUUUUCAUUGAGUAGAGCAUGCCCACUUGGAAUUUACUGAACUGCUUUGAUGAUUUGAGAAUUUUUGUAAAUUAUGAUUUUAUGUUAAAUCCAUGUCCAUAUGGAAUUUUUUGGUUAUUUAUGAAAUUUGAGAUCGAUUGUGAAUUACGGAUUUCUUUUGUAAAUUCUGCAUGGUUUUGUCUCUAAUAUGGUCAUGUUUUACUGUGCUCGCUAGUGGGAGGUUUAUAAACGCUAGCACAUGUUUACUGAUAGUAUCGAUUCAUUCUGUAAUCUUGCCAAUGGGAUAAUACAUUGGUUAUUACUAAAAUCCUGCCAAUGGGAUAAAACAUUGGUUACUACUGUGCUCGCCAGUGGGAGGUUUAUAAAUGCUGGCCAUGACCUAUAGAUGAGAUUACUAUUGAAUUUUUUUCUGCAUUAACGGUUUGUCAUUGAACGUUUUGCUAUGGAACUGAAUUUGAUUCCGUAUUAACAGUUUAUCAUUGAAUGUUUUGUUAUGUUAAACUGUUUAUCUGGCAUGCUUAAAUUUUACCCAAGGGCUAUCCAUAUUUACUUGUUGAGUUAUCUCAUAGUUUUUCCUUGUCCAUCAUUUCAGGAAGCAAAGUCAAAGACAAGAAAAAACGAGGGGAGUGACGAGUUAGAAGGCUAGCCACCUGUAAUUUGAUAUAGAUUUUAGAUAUAUAUCAUGAUCUUGUAAACUAGAUUUUAAUUAGAGAUUUUAUAAAUUCGUUUAAUGGAU